AUGCACAUGGUGUGCGCGGAGGGCAGCCUGCCUGCGGUGGACGUCGGUCGUGCCGAGCGGCUGAGCAUGGUGCUCACGGGCAUGCACAAUUCCACGGCAGGGCACAUCUACUCGACCGUGAGCUUGAUCGUCACGGCGGUCCUGAUCGGCAUCGUCUCCAUGGGCGGCGUCUGGUCGUGCCCCAGGCUGGAAGCCGUGUGCAUGGUCUUUGUCACGUUGGAGUACAUGUCGCUGAUGACGGCGAGCCUCUUCAGCAGGCACGAGCUCUUCGAUGAGGACCGCCUCCUGGAGGCCGUGGUGCCCGAGAAGAGCGACGCCAACGCGCCGCUGGCCGCGGAUUGGACGCCCCUGCAGCGAUUGCGGACCUGGUUCUUGAUGUGGGGCAACCUCCUGGACCUAAUCACAAUCUUGCCCUGGUGGUUGGAGCUGUACGACAGGGCUGCGCUGUCCAACAACUUCCCCGCCUUCCGCGUGCUGCGUCUCUUCCGGGCCUUCAGGAUCCUGCGCGUGGCGAAGCUGGGCAAGUGGAGCGCGACCCUGGCAGUGCUUUUCACCACGAUGACGCACAGCGUGCGGAUCAUCGGUUCACUGGUCUUGAUCGUGGUUUGCAUCUCCGCGCUCUGCGGCGUGCUACUACAGCAGCUGGAGUACCCCGUCCCCGACGGCCUUGACGAGAAGGUUGCGAAGGCAAACGAGGCUGCGUUUGGCAAUGUCUUCUCGUGCAUGCUGUACGUCACGGGCCGCAUAUUCACUAUGGGCAGCAGCCUUCCGGACGCCAACGGCCGGACGACCCAGAUGCUCAGCGAGGUCGUCAUCCUCUUCCUUGGCAUUUUCAAGGGCGUCUUGCUGGUGCUGCCCAUCGGGGCCAUCACCGAGAAGUACAAGCACGCCAAUGACGUGAUAACGGCCCAGGUGGAUCAGGUGACGGCGAUGCGGGCCGAUUGGGAGAAGAGCCGCGGCGUCGAGUGGGCCUUUGGCAUCAAGGGCGCCUCAGCACGUGUGGAGCUCUUCCCCUCCGACGAGGACGAAGACAGCGAGGACGAGGACUCCCUGGCGACCGAGGGCGUGCCGAGGGUGACGGGAGCGCUGAAUCUGCCGCUGUUCGAGGCGAAGCCGAUCCAGGUCACGCUGCAGGUGAGCCUCAACUCGGCCCAGGGGUGCUGCCAAGGCAGCGGCGCGGAGCCGCGCCUCGAGGUGGCGCUGUCGUGGCAGCCCGCCGGCACGCUCGCGGGCGCCGCGCCGCCCGGUCCGCCGCGCGGCUCGCUGGAGGUCGAGAUCCUCCGCGCCAGCGACUUGGGAGGACUUGAGGAGCAGCACUGGCGCUGCCGCCUGAAAGUGCCCACCGCGCUCUACGGGAGCGGUGCCCCGAUGGUCUGGACUUCGCCGGUCAGCGACGAGCCAGGCCCCUCGCCAGAGUGGUCUGGCGCGCGGCAGAACUUCGCUGUGGAGUGGAAGGGCCAGGACAACGCAGGCGCUGCAGGCCUGCUGGAGAUCCUGCAGAGCCAGUCCCAGAAGAUCGCCGCGCUGGAGCGGGGCGCCCCGCUCUGA